AUGUCAGACCAAGUCUCAGAGCUGAAAAUGAUUUUGUGUGCCUCAUCCAACUCGAGUUCAACUUCAGGACUCAUUGGUAGAGAUGGUCAGGUUGAUGCUACAUCCAAUUCAUCUGACACUACAUCCAAAGAUUCUGAUUUCACCUUUCCAGCUCCUGCUUCAACUCCAGUAUCCUUCUCUUCCCUCAAUUCUGGUGCUUUCCAGCUGAUAGUUCAGGAUCUUUCAGCAGCUGAAACCUCAGGAUUUGAAAACUGGGAAAGUGACCGGGAGGGGGCGUUCGAUGACUUCUUCUGAUGGAACUUGCUCAUUCACAUUGUUGUAUCUAUUUCCCUUCUAGCUAGAUGUUAGUUCAACUGUGUGGGCAUACUGGGAUUUGUAGGUACUUGACCCAAAGUAGAUGACUAACUUUGAUUCUCAUAAAAUUGAGAAGGAUAAUAUUAGUGAC